GCCCAAUGGAUUUUUUUCGACAUUUGUUACGUGUUACUGGAGGUAGUGACGAGAUAUUAUUUUCAUUUGGUACUUUAAAAAUACAUGAGAAUAAUUAUUGGUUCACCUAGAAUGGUUAUAUACUGCAGAAGUCAGCCAAUUCUUCCAAGUUUAUCAUACCCAGUCUUCGUAGUUGUACCUUCUGCAACUCGGGAACCUGACACAACUGCAUCCACAAUGCCAGAGGAUGGAUUUGAGGUCUCACAAUUUCACAGCCAAGAUGAGCUGGGUCGUGUUGUCUUUGGUUUCCAUGGUCCAGACCAGUCAAGAAUGGAGGCUAGGUCACUGGAUGGCUCAGUUAGGGGAUCUUAUAGCUACAUUGAUCCAUAUGGCCAUAUAGUGAAGAUGCAGUACUGGGACGAUGGUACAGGUUUCCAUAUAGCUGGUAAUGCAUUGCAUGGUGAUGGUCGUCCAGCAUAUACUCCUGAAGUGAAGGCUGCCAGAGAACAACACCUUAGAAUAUACAAACAAACCUUGGCAGCUGCACAACAUCUUUUGCAACAGAGUGAUGAUAGUUCUUAUUCAGACAACCCUGAUCAUGGUUCUGUUCAAGACAUAAAUCAAUAUGAAGAUGUUUCACAGGUACAGGUACAUAAAGAGCAUCAGGAUAAUAGUUUGUAUGAAGAUGAUAAAGAGUCUAUUUCAUUGGAGAACCCUGAACUUCUUGGUAAUCAUAAUAUAUACCAGGAAGAUGAAAAGAAACAAGAAGAUGAUCCUGAAAAGGAAGAGGUAGAAGGCGAGGUUGAUCUUGGGGAAGAUGUUGUGCCGGAUGAAGACUUGGAAGAGGAUGGAUAUGAAAACGACCAGCCUGAAGCAGGUAAUGAUAAAUCUACUGAACAAGAAGAAGAAGAAGAAAAUGAUAGAACAAAAGAAAUAAAUGAUUCUUACAAUCAUGAUCAAAUCAUUAUCAGACUAAAGCAUUUAAUGGGCUACAAUCAAAAUGAGGAAAAUAACCAACAAGAUGUAAGUGAAGAUGAAAAAGAAAGUGUAGAGGGAAAUGAUAACCCUAGUCAGGUUGUAUAUUUCCAAAAUCACAAGAUGGAAGAAGAUGAUAGGGAGAAAGAUGAAGAAGAAAAUCAUGCAAAACAGCAAAGCGCUGAAGCUGAUGACAAUAUUCAAGAUUCACGACAAUAUUAUGCUGAAGAUGAAUCUAGUGAAAAAUACAGAGAUGUCAGUGAAGGAAAUGACAGUCUUGAUUAUCAAGAAGAAGUUAUCAGAAAUGAAAGCGAUGUAAAUUCAGAUGAGAAUAAUUCAGAAUCCGAUGUCAGCUAUGACCCUGAAACAUCAGAGAACAGAAAUAAUGAAAUGAAACUAUUUGUUCAACCCUUAGCACAACCUGAAACAGAAAAGAUUGGAUACCAAGCAGCAGAGAAAAGCAGUUCCAACACAGAGGGAGAGGUGCCACCUGCAAAAAAGAGAGGGUUCUUCUAUCACUUUCAGCACACAAUUCCUAAGCCAACUGAGAGGAUUGAAGAAGCAGUAGAAAGAGGAUUGAAAUCAGCUGAUGGAAUAGAGGUUCCACCAUCAGCGAUACACGAUCCACAGGUUGCUCCAUAUCCAUUUUAUAACUAAAAUGGGUUAUUAUCUGCUAAAUGUCUGUCUUUGAUGACAACCAGUAAAUAUGGCCAACUUUAACACUGUUUAAAAUGAGGAUCAUUGGUCACUUGCAAAUCACUAGUAGUGAUUUCCACAUUCGCCUGGAAAUCAAAUUAAAUUGAAUUAUGAACUAUUUCUACAAGUGAACUUGUGAUCAAAAGAUCCAUACAAAACAUAAUUUCAAUAUCAGCUCCAGCUGGAAUCUAUUUUAUGUUUGUAAUUAGUAUUUUAUAAAUAUAAUAAUAAGAAAUUUUUAUUAGCUGGAUUAGAUGUUUUUCCAUUAACAUUGACAGCAAUAAUGAAGAACGCGGAAGGAUAUAAACAACAUAUUUGCUAUGGCUGUGAAUGCAAAUGUUAUACAAUUCGAGUGAUUUUGUGACUGUUCUUCAUGCCCAUUAAAGUGUAGUUGUAAAUAGGGACAUGUUGUAGUUUUAUAUUUUUACAAAAUUUUUAAUAUAUUUCUUUUAUAAGUAUUUAAACUAUUUAUAUUUUUGUGGGGAGUGGCAAUAAACAGAGAAGGUUACUUUUAUUAAAAAUUAAAAAGUUUCAUUAAAAUUGCUUGAUUGCUCAUCUAAUUGCUUCAGUUUGGAGCUUAUUAGGAUUGUCAUUUCUUUUUUGAGACAAUGAUUAAACUAUUGACUGUGAUGUAAGGAGAAUUCGAGAAGAUAAAAAUAAAUAAAAAUUUAUUAUCAAGAUUUUUU